AUGGCUUCCAACAAGAGUCAAUACCACCAUUACAUACCACGGUUCAUCCUGAAGCAAUUUUCGCAUGGCAAGGUGGAAAUAAAACGGGGUGUAUUUGAUGACGUCGUGAAUGUGUGCGAAUUACCAUCAGAACAGUUCCGCGCAAGACAGGUCGGAAAAUGUUGCGGUAGUCAAGACCUCUACUACGAUUCGAACACUAUUGAUCCGAUGAGGAUCGAGCAUCUCUUUAGCAAGUUAGAGUCUAGAACUAGCAUGGUCUUCAGUAAGAUACGAGACGCUGUUCUAAAGAAUCUCGAACACAUCGAUAUCUUGGAGAAAGACGUUCAGACGCUAUUCAGCUUCAUGAGCAUCUCUCCCAUACGCUCGCAGCAGUACAUCGAUAGCAUAAAAGACGUGCGACGCGAAAAUGACUUUUUGUGGAAAGAAUUGGAGGACGAGUACCCCAAGGGAGGCCGGCGGGGAGAUACACGCGAAGUCUGGCUUGCUCAGUUGCUGUAUCACCUCGAACACAGUCACGAAGAAAUGCUCGCUGAUGCUGCUAAGAGUAAAGAAAACGUCACAGCAGGAACGUAUAAGCGCUUUGUGGAGACGUUUGCUCUGCAGAUUUGGAAAGCAGCUGAUGGAUACGAGUUCUUCCUCAACGACAGACUGGUCGAUUUCGAAGGCGAUACAGAAUACGGAUUAGGAAUGAGAACGAAAGAGACAGGCCCAGAACUAAUCUGGAUGACCAAAGAAGACUUAAUUCAUUUGGUGCUGCCAAUAAGUCCCGAGGUAGCUGUCAUCUUCUGCGAUGAGUCGCGUUGUUGGGAAUCACCUUUCGCCGACAUGAUGCAUCGAGCGAAAAUACCAUUCUCGGCGAACAGCCUUUUGGCGAAAGCACCACACAAAGAAAUUGUAGAUGUUCAUGUUCCGGAGCGGAAGAGGAUCAUGCCCCAAGCUGUCGUUGUUGCCAUACGUACUGUUGGAUUCACGUCUCCACAUGCUUCGACGGAAUCUGCGAACACUGCCGUCAAAACCGCUUUCGAAGCCGCUUACCCACCGCAACACUCCCAGCAUCGCAAACUCCUCACUGUCAACUUUAUGGCCUUUUAUAAUCACGGCAUCGACGAAGAAACGUUUAGUCAAUUGUCUUUCGCAAUCGACACAAAAAGCCGCGAAGUCCAAAGCUCAAGCAGUUUUCGCGAACAUUGGGAGGCCUCUCGGGUCAAUGUGGAAAACCCGCCUAUGGAGCCGCUAGCCGGCAAUAGCGAACUCUUACAGAAUCCAGCUUUCCAAUCGGUUAUGAGAGCUGCAUGCGGGUUUGAGAUCCUCAGUUGGAUGUUUGAGGAACGUCAAGAUAUCCUGGCUACUUUCAUUAAGGAUCUGGCGAUUCCCCCACAUGACCCAAUCUUUCCUGCCUUCUCCAUCGGCAAUUCAAUGAAGACCUACGAGACUUGCCGCAAAGAUCCUUACGACCACCAAACCACGAUCUACCACGACUUGGCUCUAACGGAAGUCUGGAUCGGUUGUGCUGCAAUUAAUAUCGGCAACGUACUCGACAAGGAUGUUUACAACAAGGUCAGAUCCUUGAUUCCCGAAGCCUGCAACGAUAACAGCCACUGGCUCCACUGCAAUAAAGAGGAGGAACAUAACGACCUCCACAUCGAAACCAGCUACGUCAAGGACAUUAACAGUGGCGAGACCGGAUCCACUGAAUUUGGCGUCAGGGUUUCUGGACAAUGGACCAAGGUUGCCCAGCGUGAUGUCCUCAGGGAUGGUCUUGCGAUAAUCUUGCGCCACGGUAAAUUUUGCAACGCGCCCGACUUCAUCCGGAUCAACAUGCCCAACUCGAAGAAAGGCGGCAAGACUGAUGGAGCUUGGAUGCGGUUGGAUCUAUCUGGCGACAAGUACCCUAAACUGGGUUGCCCGACGUGCUCAUGGGUCAGCGUGAACCGAACAGGGUUUAUUGAGGCGACAGAAAUUUAG